UGUUGACGUCACGGGCCCGGUACUCGAAGAGGGCAGGGGGUGGUUGACUGCCGGCGGUGGGCUGCGCGUCGGCUGCUAGGCUUGGUGCCGGGGCCCGCCCCGCCAAGCCCCGCCCCUCCGCCCGCUUGGCGCGGGCGCAACCACGGAACCGCUGUCCCCGGGCCAGCCUGGGGCGGCCGGCCCGAAACCACCCGAUAAGGAAAGCUAAAAGUAGAUUUUGUUCUGUGGGAAGAAGAAAAAGUUCUGGAAAAUGGGAUGGUGAAGUUGGAGAAAGGCUUCUUUAACCCUCCUCCAGGAUGAACCCCCUGCAAGAAGACAUGGAGAACGCUCUCACAGGGAGUCAGAGCUCUCACGCUUCUUUGCGCGAUGUUCAUUCCAUCAACCCCACACACCUCAUGGCCAGGAUCGAGUCUUAUGAAGGAAGGGAAAAGAAAGGGAUAUCUGAUGUCAGGAGGACUUUCUGUUUGUUUGUCACCUUUGACCUCUUAUUUGUAACAUUACUCUGGAUAAUAGAGUUAAAUGUGAAUGGAGGCAUUGAGAACACAUUAGAGAAGGAGGUGGUGCAGUAUGACUACUACUCCUCUUAUUUUGAUAUAUUCCUCUUGGCAGUUUUUCGAUUUAAAGUGUUAAUACUUGCAUAUGCUGUAUGCAGACUGCGCCACUGGUGGGCCAUAGCGUUGACAACAGCAGUGACCAGUGCCUUUUUACUCGCAAAAGUGAUCCUCUCAAAGCUUUUCUCCCAAGGGGCUUUCGGCUACGUGCUGCCCAUCAUUUCAUUUCUCCUUGCCUGGAUUGAGACGUGGUUCCUGGAUUUCAAAGUCUUACCUCAAGAGGCAGAAGAGGAAAACAGACUCCUGAUAGUUCAGGAUGCUUCAGAGAGGGCAGCACUUAUACCUGGUGGUCUUUCAGAUGGUCAGUUUUAUUCUCCUCCUGAAUCUGAAGCAGAUUCCAUGGCGUUUUCUACAUACAAGAUCAUGUCAUCUGUGGUAAAAGACUUUUUUACUUUUAAUUUUCUUCUGUUAAAUAUAUUUUAUUUUUUUUCUAGCCACACUGUCUAGAAUUGUAGUAUCGUGUUAAAUAGAAAUAUCAAGAGCAGACACCCUGUCUUGUUCCUGGUCUGGGGGGGGACAUGGUCAGUCUUUCAGCCUUAAGUAUGAUGUCAGCUGUGGGUUUCACAGAUGCCCUUGAUCAGGUUAAAAAAGGUUGCUUUUAUUCUUAGUGUGAGAGUUUUCCUCCUGAAUAAACAUUAAAUGUUUUGCCUUUAUAUGCAUCUGUUGAACGAUAGUAUGGUUUUUAUCCUAUAUUCAGUUGAUAUGAUGACGCACAUUAAGUACUAUCUGUAUAUCACAUCAACUGUUUAUAUAUAAAGGAUAAAUCUGACUUGGUCAUGUUGUAUAAUCCAGUAGUAGUUUUCUGGAUUUGAUUUGCUAAUAUUUUCCUGAGAAUGUUUGUACCUAUGUGUAGAUAUAAAACAUAUGCUCACGAUAUUUUACCUUUUGGUCUGUAAUUCUCUUGUUUUGUCCUUACCUUUAAUAUGCGGACCUCAUAGAAUACAUUAGAAAGUCUUUCCAAACAUACUAUUUUCUGAAUGAAUUCUUCUUAUGAGUGAUUAAUAUUAUUUCUCCUUUAAAUGUUUGAUAGAUUCAUCAGUGAAACCAUCUGGAGCAAGAGUUACCUUUGAUCUGAAGAAGAAGCUGAAGAAAAACAGGACAGUGAAAAACCACUUUUGGAGCUAUGAGUAUUACUUUUGUUAAAUGUGAAAAUUCAUCACUGAAAGUCACUGGAGGAAAAAAAAAAAAGGACCAGAGCUGGGGUCUUGCUAUUGAAAGUUGAAGGUGACAUCCACUGCUGACUUUAAUGAACAGUUAAUAAAGAAUUUAUUUAUUGUAAUACCUCAUAGACAUUGUACCAGAUCACAUACAUUUAGGACCUGCUUGUGGCUGGUAAGAUAAUGUGAUGAUCCAUCCCGUGUUCAGUGAGACUGAGUCUGAUCUGUUCAUGAAUAGUGGGAGCAAAGUCUUGUGCUAUAUUCCUGAUCAAAAGACUUCUGAAUAUAUUGGAAUAACACUUUUUUUAGUAAGCAAAAUAUCUUUUUAUUUGAUCCGCAGUUUGAAAUUUUUUGUUUCAUGUCUCAGAUUUCUUUUGUAUUUCUUUUUUAACAUCCAACAUUUCCCUUGUGUUUUUUUAACUCACGCUGAUGCGCUCUUUGUACAAUUUUAAAAAGUAAUAAAUACCAACAUAUCAAAA